CUGAGUGAUCUCCCUCUCUCUCUCAGGCGCUGUCGGGGUCGAAUCGUCUGAUGUCGGUCAUGAUGCCGGCGUCGUACUGGCAGUCGAGGUACUUGACGUUGUAGAAGGUGGCCGAGAGGACCGCCAGCCGGUCCUUCUCGCGGAUCUCCUUGAUGGCCGCCUGCAGGAACCGGAGCCGCUUCUGCCACUGCUUGGUGCUCUCCCACUCGCUACGCUGACCCAACGUCGAAAACACCUCCGCCUCAAAACUUGUCGAUGUCAUUUCCUUCGCUUGUUGCCUUCAUGUUGGACUCAUUCUGAUCUCCCCUUUUCCUCUCUCUCC